UAGGGUGCGAUCGAAACCUUCCUACAUACGUAUAAUAUAUGAAUCGAUAGCGUAGUUUACUGGUUCUCUCUCUCUCUCUCUCUCUCUAAACUCUUGCUUAUUACUCGCGAGCAGGCCACAUCACUGAUCAGAAGAUUUUUGGGUUUCCCUCUAAAAUUGUAAGGUAUGGAUCCAUUUGGUAGUAAGACCCUGAAUCAGCCUAAAGCAAGUCUCACUAGCCCUCAGGCUAAAGACGGAGGGAAGAAAAGUGUAGAUAAGAAGGCAGCAGUGGAUGAAGAAAUGAAGAGAAUGAAUAAACUUCCUGCAAAUAGUGUGUAUGCUACUCAUCGGUUGAGGGUUCUCAAUAAAGUCCUCCAACUUUUGUCCAUUCAGAGAUCCACAUCGCAGGAGGAGGAAUUGGAGUUGCUUUUUGCAAGUCUUUCUAUAUGAAAACGAAAUCCAGAUUGUCCAAGCAGUGGUCAGUUUGGUAUCAAGUAUUACUCCCUCUUUCAAUAUUCUGAUGGUAUUAUACUCCAAAUCCAAUCAUUCUUCAGUGUGUGCAUUUUUGCAUUUACAUAAUAGAGUUUGUUAUGUUGUCCCAUCUUUGGUUACUAUAGUCAUAUUUAAUUACAGGGCAUUCGGUUCCAACUCUGUCUGAGAUAUUUUACUGAAUCUUGUUUGCAAUGUUCUAAUCAGUGAAUGCAAUUACUUAUUUUUGUAACUACGUUAAAGUCAACCCAUGUGAACAGGAGUGUGAUGCCAUCUUUUGUUGUCUCACUGGUUAUCUAGCUGUUUCUCUGCCCUUGCUAUCUCAACGGCGUUAGUUUUCAUUUUGCCUUGUCAUCUAUAUCGCCUACUGUAUAGCUCCUUUGUGGAGUAGGUGCCAAAGUAUCUUUGACACUGACGAGUUUCUUCCUCCAUUUAAGACUCAAAAGGUGUGUUGAUGCAUGAGCACAUUUGGAUUUGUCAUGUACUAGAGGGCCGACACUCAUUGUCUGUGCAGAUCUUACGCGUCUGGUUUGUUCUCCUUCUGCACUUGCCACUUUAUAUCGAAACUCAGAAAGAUGCCGACUGGCCUAGUUAUUUCCUCAACAACCGAACUUUUACCGUGGCAAAACUUCUGUGACCAGAAAAUAUUUAACCGAAUAGAACUGCUAAAAAUUUAAUUAGUAGGCAAGUUCAAGCAACACAGUUGUGAUGUACGAGUUAUUUUAUUUUCCGCUAUGAACUAUGCGGUUCUGCUAAAACUCAGCUCACCAAAUUUGCUGAAAACUCUUAACCCUGUAUAUUCUUACAAUGUUGCUCUUGCAAAAUUAUGUGAUUCUUAUA